AUGGUGAAAAAAUGUUUCUGCUUCGAAGAUGAUUCUUCUUGCAUACACAUUUCAUGUUCGUUUGGAGACUUGGAAAGUGAAAAUGAGGUAAUCGUGGCAGUACAGCUUGAACUCAAUCUUCUACUUCUGGAAAUGGAUGAAUCUUCAGUGCUUGUGUUUAUGACAACUGCUAUGGCAGGACACGAGGCAAACCCAAAAGUGAUUAACAUGAACCCAAAUAAGCAAACACAUGUAUUCCUGGAAGCACUACAUAAUCAACAGCCCCAAGCACACAUAGUUAUUUUAAUUAUUUGUUUAAGCCUGUUGUUUGGCCUUAUUCUAUUUUUGGUGCUCACUUAUGUGCUAUGGAAGGUUGGGUUCUUUAAAAGAAAAUACAAGCCUUUAAAUUCAGAUAUAAGUUGGAACUAUGUAAACCAAGAUGAAAAAUAGAAGUAAUAUUUAUUGAAUAUUCUAAGAAUAAAAACUAUAUGGAUGUUUAAACCACAAAUUAUGAAGAAAACAUUUUUUUUAAUGAAAAUGCGAGAAAACGAUUCUGAAUAAAUCGAUCUUCAUUUCCUCAGGAUGAAAAACUAUACUUGGAGAAUUUUACGUUUUGAAAAUGCACUGUUCCCUAAAAAGAUAUAUAUACACAACGUCUUAUCUCAGGAAUUUA